CUUAAACCCCUCUCCUUCCAAUGGAAUCCGGUGGUGACGGCCGCGGUCACGGCGGAAGAGGGCUACGCCGCCAACAACGACAGCCGGAGCUCAAUCUUCAACCACAAUGGCGUCGUCCCUUAACAUCACCCACAACCUCACACUCAAACAUCACUCUCCAACCCCAAUGGCGACGAUCGACGCAACCGCCGCCAGCAGCCCUUCCUUCUCACCCUCAGUAUUCUGCCACCGCCGCUGAACAACCGCGUGAGCUCCUUCUCCAACCAGAAUGGCGCCGCCCGAGGCCCCCGACGACGACAACAACUUCUUCUCCGGAACCGGAACCGGCACGGAGGCUACCGAGGCCCACUUCUUCGUUCUGGAACCAGAAUCAGUAUUCUCCGAAGCCGCAGAGCUCGAGUUCCGGCAGUGAAGGUUCUAGAACUUCCAGCGCUGCUGACCAUGCUGACUUUUGGCGACUUCCCUCAGGUAUCUACAAUGAUUCUCAAGCUCCCAAACUAGAAAGACUGCAAAUAUCCAGACAGUUUGCUACCCCAUGUAGUACCCUCGAAAGGAAGGAUAAGCUUUCACCUAUUCGGAGACCCGACAAUGGUGGCACAUUGGCAAUUCUAACUAACAAACUCCGUGUUAAUCAUUUCCUUGUGAAGUUAAAUCCAGAGAGUGUAAUAAUGCAUUACAAUGUUGGCGUUAAACCAAAGUUUCCCUCAAAGCAUGGCCGGCCUCAGAAAUUAUCAAAAUCUGAUCUGUCCAUGAUUAGAGAUAAAUUGUUUUCUGAUGAUCCAGAGAGAUUACCCUUGGAUAUGACUGCAUAUGAUGGUGCAAAGAAUAUCUUUAGUGCAAUACAAUUACCGGAAGAAACCUUUACUGUGGAGCUUUCUGAAGGAGAUGAUGAAAAGACCCUUACAUAUAGUGUUACCUUAACACUUGUUAAUACAUACAGGCUUCGCAAGCUAAUGGACUAUCUUAAUGGUCACAGCCUCUCAAUUCCCAGGGAUAUUUUACAAGGGAUGGAUGUGGUGGUCAAGGAGAAUCCAUCUAGGCGCACUGUUGCAGUGGGACGACACUUCUAUCCCCCUAUGACACUGAAAGAUCUUCACCGCGGCAUAAUUGCUGUUGGUGGGUUUCAGCAUAGUUUAAAGCCUACAUCGCAGGGUCUGUCCCUAUGCGUAGACUACUCUGUGUUGGCUUUCCGAAAGCAAGUGUCAGUCUUGGAUUUCUUGCAUGAGCAUAUACAUAAUUUUAAGUUGGAGGAAUUUGAAUACUUCAGAAAGGAUGUUGAAGAUGCACUUAUUGGAUUGAAAGUUAGUGUGACUCAUCGUAAAUCCAAACAGAAAUAUACUGUUGUGAGAUUAACACCUCAGAAUGCAAGGUACGUCACUUUUCCCAUUGACAAUGCUGAGGGGUGGAAUCUCUCAAAGAAUGCUAGUCUUCUUAGCUUUUUUAGAGACAAAUAUGGGAAAGACAUUGUAUACAAAGAUAUUCCCUGUUUAGACUUAGGGAAAGGCAACAAGAAGAACUAUGUACCUAUGGAAUUCUGUGUUUUGGUUGGGGGGCAAAAAUAUCCUAAAGAACGUCUGGAUGCAGAUUCUGCAAAGACAUUGAAAGCACUGUCACUAGCUCACCCAACUGAGAGGGAGAGUGCAAUACAAAAGAUGGUGCACUCAAAUGAUGGACCUUGCGGUGGUGGUGUGAUAACAAAUUUUGGAAUGAAAGUGAACACGAACAUGACAACCAUUCUAGGACGUGUCAUUGCCCCCCCAGAAUUAAAGCUAGGUGAUCCAAAUGGCAAGGCUAUCAAGAUAUCGUUGGAUCUAGAGAAAUGUAAUUGGAACCUUCUUGGAAGAUCAAUGGCAGAAGGCAAACCAGUUGAUUGUUGGGCCAUUCUUGAUUUUACUAGUUCUGGGUCAUAUAGGCACCAAUUGAGAGUCAACGAAUUCGUUAAAAAGCUUAUUGGUAAAUACGAAAGAAUGGGUAUAAACAUGCAGGAGCCCAUUUGGUAUGAAGAAUCUUCAAUGCAGAUACUUGCAAGGAAUGAUUUGCUCUCUGAAUUACUUCAAAAGAUUAGCAAUACUUGUAAACAGAAUCAUGGUCACAUGCAAUUUCUCCUGUGUGUGAUGACUAAGAAAAGUCCAGGUUACAAGUACCUUAAGUGGAUUUCUGAGACCAAAGUUGGUAUAGUGACACAAUGCUGCUUAUCUCAUAGUGCUAAUGAAGGGGAUGACCUAUUUUAUACUAAUCUGGCCCUCAAGAUCAAUGCCAAGCUUGGAGGCAGUAAUGUAGAGCUCAACAAUAUGUUCCCUUACUUUGAGGAAGAUAGGCAUGUUAUGUUUGUUGGGGCUGAUGUCAAUCAUCCUGGUUCUCGGGACACCAAGAGUCCAUCAAUUGCUGCUGUGGUUGCAACUGUUAAUUGGCCUGCAGCAAAUCGCUACGCAGCACGUGUUUGCCCUCAGUACAAUCGGAGCGAGAAAAUACUCAACUUUGGGGAAGUUUGCUUUGAGCUUGUUGCAUGUUAUAGAAGGAUGAAUGGAGUCAGGCCUGAAAAAAUCAUCAUUUUUCGUGAUGGGGUGAGUGAGUACCAGUUUGAUAUGGUUCUUAACGAAGAGCUACAGGAUUUGAAGAGAGAAUUCCAGAGAUUAAAUUACUUCCCAACUAUCACUCUUAUUGUAGCACAAAAACGACAUCAAACUCGAUUCUUUCCAGAGGGUAGGAGGGAUGGAUCUUCCACUGGCAAUGUUCUGCCAGGAACAGUUGUUGAUGCAAAAGUUACUCACCCUUUUGAGUUUGACUUUUACCUUUGUAGUUACUAUGGAAGCAUAGGCACCAGCAAGCCUACUCACUACCACGUUUUAUGGGAUGAACACAGGUUUAAAUCUGAUGAAUUGCAGAAGCUUAUAUAUGACAUGUGCUUCACCUUUGCAAAGUGCACUAAACCUGUAUCGUUAGUCCCUCCAGUGUACUAUGCUGACCUCGCUGCUUAUAGAGGACGAUUAUACCAUGAAGCAAGGGUUGGGAUGCAAUCUAUGAAAUCAGUAGGAUCCUCAUCUUCUAAGGCUUCUUUUGAGCAGGGAUUUUAUAGGUUGCAUCCUGACUUGGAAAACUUGAUGUUCUUCAUCUAAAGGAUAUAUAUCUCUCCACAGUCUAGCUGUCUUUCUGUGUUAUCUUUUUUAUUGGUUUCUUUCUUCUGAAUCCUAAGAUUAUAAAGAAAGAAAAUGUCAUCAUUGAAAAACCAUAAUAAUAAUAAUAAUUGGCAUUCACCAAUGGCGUCUUCCUUUGCUGAACUUCUUCCCUCUGAUGGAGCCUCACACAAGAAGAAGCUAUCACUUCCUUCAUCCAUACGUCAUGAUCCUAGAAGUGUUGCUUCAUCAAAGCACAAGUCAGAGAAAUCCACUGUAAGAAAUGGCUCUUCUGCAUCUCAGUUCAAGAGGCCUGGUUCAGCUUCUGAGAGAUCAAACUCUAGGUCUCUGGUGGUAGAAGAUUCAAGAAUGGAUGAAGUUGCUAUUGGAGCAGUGAUGAAAAUCCUCAGUGGCUACAUUGGAAGAUAUGUAAAAGAUGAACUUUUCAGGAGAAAAAUCAGGGAAAGAUGCAGUUCUGUGAUGGAGAGAAGAAGAGAGGACUCAAAUGAUGAGGUUUUUGAGAAUUUGGAAAUGGGCAUGGGGAAAGUUGAUAAAUUGGUAGAAGAUCAUGGAAGAAUGAGGCAAGUUAUGUUGAUCAAAAGCUUGAAGAAUUCCAUUGAGAUAUUAACCAUAAUAGUUGCUUCCUCUUUGAAUGCUAAAGAUUCUCAUCUUUCUGCUUGUGCUCAAAUUUACUUGGCAAUAGCUUAUAAGAUGUUGAAGAAAGAGAGAGUUUCCUCAAAGCAUUUACUUCAAGUGUUUUGUGAUUCUCCAAGUAUGGCUAGAACAUACCUGAUUCCUGAUCUUUGGGAGCACUUGUUUCUUCCCCAUCUUCUCCAUCUCAAAAUUUGGUAAAACAAGGAGAUUGAGUCUCUUUCAAAUGAAGAUCAUGGUGAUAACAAAAGGAAAAUGAAGGUGUUGAGCAAAGUCUACAAUGAAAAAAUGGAUGCUGGAACUAGUCUCUUUGCUUUGUACUACAAGCAAUGGCUGAAAGUUGGGGCCACAGAGCCUCCUCUUCCUGUUGUAUCAUUGCCAUCAAUGCCAAGUUGCAGAUCAUCAUCAAGAAGAAAAUCUUCAGAUUCGUUGGUUUCAAAUUCCUCAAUCAAUCCAAACUUGCAAAUAUAAGGCAGUGUUUGGCCCCAAACUGGAGCAGCAACCUACUGGUCCGGAUGAACAAAAAGGAGCCAUUGUAAUUUAUAAGGGCUCAGAGAUGAAUGAUAAAAUUUAUGGAGAUGAAUACAGGAGUUCAUCUCAGAGAGAAAGAGAUGUAUAUAUGGGAAGAUCAUCAAUCCAAGAUGACAAGAAUCAUGGUCAAUUAUGGCCCGAGUUCCAGAGAUUGGACUAUUUCCAGUGCUUUUCUUGCAGGAACAUACCUACAGAAGGAUUGGAAAACAGCAAC